AUGGCUCUCAGCAACUUCGUCGCCGUCUCUGACAGACUGGUGCACUUCGAGAGUCGGGUCAGAGAGCCUGCAGCCGAAGAUGACAAUGUACACACGUACGAAAUCCGUCGUGACCGGCUGCAAGUCCUCUGGGACAAUGUCGCUUACUCCACAUGCGCUGAUGCACUGCAUCAAGACGGCGACAGUGAAGGCACACAGGCGAUGGAGGCAAAAUACGAUCACUGCUAUGCAGUGUACGAGCGGUGUCUCGCCCGUGUUAAGGGGCAAAUUACCCAGGUUUCCGGGUCCAGCAGGAGUGAAGCAUCCCUUCCUCCUGUAUACUCCAGUGGCUGCCGGCUCCCUCCAGUCGACACCGAAGUGUUCCGUGGGGAUUACUUGCGGUGGCCGACUUUCCGUGACCUUUUCACGGCCAUCUAUGUCAACAAUCCAAGGUUGACUCCGGUCGAGAAACUUUUCCAUCUGAAUUCGAAGACCGCAGAUGAGGCCAAUGAAAUAGUAACAAAAUUUCCGCUGACGAACGAUGGGAACGAACGUUUUGAGAACAAGCGCUUGUUAAUAACAAGCCAGUUGAAGAUCCUGUUUAACCUGUCCACGGUUACCCAAGAGUCGGGAGCAGCUAUCAAGGAGCUGCAGAGCACGAUUCAGCGUUGCUUGACCGCUCUUGAACAUUCAGACAUUUCCGUCUGUAGCCCGUUCGCAGAUUGCAUCCUCGUUUUCCUCUGCUCGUCCAAACUCCCCAAGCUCACACUCUCGUUGUGGGAGCAAUCGUUGGUGGACAAAGCGAAAAUUCCCGCAUGGCAGGAUAUGAGCACGUUCCUCAAUGAGCGCUACCGUACGCUCGAAGCGAUUGAGGACGUGAAACAGACUGCCAACUCACAGAUCGCGACUGCAGGACCAUCCCGUCCGCAGAAUUCGAAGCGAGUCAACUGCUUUGAGGCCCGAGUCACUCCGAAAGGCAAAUCGUGUGACUUGUGCUCAAAGGAGAAUCACCCUGUCCGGGUGUGUCCGCGUUUUUUGCAAAUGUCGGUCAACGAGAGAAUGACAUACAUCAAACAGAAAAGUCUCUGCUUAAACUGUUUCGCAAGAGGUCACCAACUCCGAGAGUGUACGAGUGCGCACAAUUGCUUUACAUGCAAAGGGCGGCACAACACUCUUCUCCAUCGGGGUGACAGUGCCCACAAUGGUGCCUCUUCAUCGUCCAAUAUACAGUCCACUCCAAAUCCAACGGCAACUAAUGUGCAGAAUUUCUUUGCCAAUAAUGCUCAGAAUGUCCUUCUCGGCACGGCGGUCAUCAAUGUUUGCCACUUGGGCACUACAUAUACCGCACGUGCGCUAAUUGAUUCCGGGUCCGAAGCGACCUUCAUUUCUGAGCGUUUGUUCCAACGCAUUAAGUUGCCUUUCCAGUCCGUGCGAGCCCAGCAUUGGUUCUCCGACGAAGCCGAGGCUCCAUAUCGAGACUUCGGCAUUCAUAAUCCCACAGUUGGCAGGCAAACUGCCCUCCUUCGAUAUGCCGCGAACUUUCUAAAGGAUCUACCAGCGAUAGAACUGGCAGAUCCACACUUCUACAAGAGCGCUCAGAUCGAUAUACUAAUUGGCGCGGAUAUCCUUCCGUCGGUCAUCUUGAGCGGCUCCCGGCCAAACAUUUGUGGCUCACUCCUUGGGCAGGAAACCGUGUUUGGCUUGAUUCUUACCGGCCCCGUCUCCCAAAGUAUGUCGACAACUGUUUCUGCGUUUUCGACAAGAGUCGCCCUCCAAGCAGACGAACAGCUCGACAGCCUACUUUCCAAAUUUUGGGAGGUGGAGGAUAUUCCAGCGAAGCUGAUAAAGGAGUCAGACUUCGUUUGCGAAGAAAACUUCGUUAAGACUACUUCUCGUAGCAAAUGUGGCAGAUAUCGGGUGACUCUUCCAUUCCGGAAGCCCGAUGGCAUUGAACUGGGUCAUUCCAGAUCUAUAGCGCUGGCUCAAUUCCUCAAGAACGAGAAUCGUUUGUCAAGAAACGAUUCUCUAAAGGAACAGUACAAUGCCGUUCUCCAGGAGUACGUGGACUUGGGUCAUAUGACACCCAUAUCGCAUCAGGCGAUUGGCACGACUUCUAAUUUCUACCUGCCUCACCACGCCGUGUUCAAACCAGAUAGCACCACAACGAAGGUGCGGGUCGUUUUCAACGCAUCUUGUCCAUCCUCAAAUGGCAAGAGUCUGAAUGAUAUCCUUCAUUCAGGGCCCAUUCUCCAAUCGGAUCUCACAUUGCAGAUCCUCCGAUGGCGAUACUAUCGAUAUGUGUUCAAUGCGGACAUAACGAAGAUGUAUCGCCAAAUCCUCAUGGACUCAAAGCACACACCGUUCCAACGAAUUCUGUUCCGCACGUCGGACGGUGUGAUCCGUGACUUUGAGUUGAGCACGGUGACAUUCGGUGUCAACUGUGCGCCUUUCCUGGCUCUACGAGUCCUUCAGCAACUUGCUGAUGACAUACGCUUGGAGUAUCCUCUCGCAAGCCGUGUCAUUUCCAAGAACAUGUACGUGGACGACGUCCUAGCGGGGACACACACAAGAGAAGAGGCCAUCCGGACCAUUACGGAAGUGUGUGCAGCCCUGGACAGUGCUGGCUUCCCGCAUAAGAGCGUGCUGAAGGACAUUCCAAAGGACCAUCUACUACGAGAAGACUUCCUCGAACUCGAAGACUCUAGUACGGCGAAAACUCUGGGCAUCAGGUGGCAAGCUCACGAUGACGAGUUCUUCUUCAUGCCACCAGAAGUUGCCCAUCAGGACUCCUACACGAAGAGGGAAGUGCUCUCGCAAAUCGCUAAGCUUUUCGACCCAGCCGGGUGGCUGGCCCCUUUCGUUAUCCGAGCCAAGAUCUUCAUGCAGGAGAUCUGGCUGAGAACGCUCGAAUGGGACGAGCACCUACCCACGGAUCUUUCACUCCAAUGGAAGGAGUACCUCCAGAGCUAUCCUGCUCUGGGAAAGAUCCGGAUUCCAAGAUGGGUCCAAUUCCAGACGCGGGUGAAGGUCCAGUACCACGGAUUCUGUGAUGCAUCAGAAAGGGCGUACGGAGCAGCGAUCUAUGUCCGUGUGGAGACGGCGAACAAGGUUUCCACACAUCUCCUUACUGCGAAGACAAAGGUGGCUCCUGUCAAGUCUCUCUCAGUGCCACGUCUGGAGCUUUGCGGCGCAGUCCUGUUGGCUGAGUUAUCUGCAGCCCUCCUCCUGAAUCUGCCAGCAGAAAGUUUCCAGACUUUCUUUUGGACUGAUUCAACAAUUGUUCUCGCCUGGUUGAACAAGCCACCCUGCAGAUGGACAACCUUUGUGGCCAACCGCGUGGCCAAGAUCGUCCAAGCCAGCGACGCCAAGAACUGGUCGCAUGUGCGAUCCGAGCACAAUCCGGCAGAUCUCGCAAGCCGAGGUGUCCUGCCACAAGAAUUGAUGUGUAAUUCUUUGUGGUGGCAUGGACCAGAGUGGCUUCAUCUCCCGUCGGAUCAAUGGCCAACAUCUCCAAGUCCCAUUCCGGAGACUCUGCUGGAGCAACGGGUGAAAUUCAUCGAUAGGAGUCGGAAGUUGGCAGUUCCAAGCUCUACCGUGGUGCAAGCGGAUGAGCUGUCACGGAUCCAAGAGCGGCUAAUCGUCAUGGCUCAACGACAAACUUUCCAACAGGAAUACCAAUGUCUGCAGUCCAAGCAGCAGGUUCCUUCCUCAAGUUCAAUCCGAAACUUGAACCCUUUCCUCGACGGCAAGGGGAUUCUACGGGCCUGUGGGCGUCUGAGGGCGUCCCACUCGCUGCGUUAUGAUGAGAGUCAUCCAAUCAUCCUCUCGUAUUCCUCGUCCUUUGCACGUCUACUGGUUCGUUUCACCCAUCGUAUAUCCUUACAUGGGGUCCUCGUUAAAUCCACCAUCAACUCCUGCAAGGUUUGCGUCAUCUACAAGAAGAGAUUGCAGACCCAAAUGAUGGGGGACUUGCCCAAGGAAAGGGCGUCCUACUCGAGACCUUUCACGCACACUGGACACGAAGGCGAUCCACUGGAGGCAACAUCGGAUCUCACGACGGAGAAAUUCCUGGCCGCAUUCUCCCGUUUCAUCGCACGGCGCGGGUGUCCACACCAAAUGUACUCGGACAACGGGAAAACCUUCGUUGGAGCUGACAAGGUGAUCUCCAACGACUUCUUGGAAGCGACGAGGGAGUGCAUCAUCGCACAACACGCCCACAAGAGCCUAUCCUGGCACUUCAACCCGCCGGGCGCCCGCAUAUGGGCCGAUUUCCCUAUGUCCGAGGAUCCGUCGGAUUUACUAGCGCUCACUCCUGGCCAUUUCCUCAUAGGUGGCCCUCUUAUUUCGGUGUUGGAACCACCAAUUAACCAACCGGCCACCUCCAUCCUCAAUCGAUGGCAGCGACUGAAGGCUCUUCACCAACAAUUUUGUUUCCGUUGGAAAGAUGAGUACCUGAAGGAGCUGCACAAACGGAACGAAAUGGCAAUCCCUACCCGGAACCUUCGGAUCGGUGACAUGGUCGUCAUAAAGGAAGACAACCUCCCUCUAACGAGUGGCGCCUAG